AUGGCCAACGAUUCUGCUGCAAGUGCUGCAGCUUUAGCUGCGUUUAAUGCUGGGAAAAAGAAAGAAGAGCUUCAGCUGAGUCUGAAUACGAGAGAUGCAAAUUCCAUAUACUCAUUAUCGGAAGCAUCAAAAAAAUCACGAAGUAGACUACAACCAUCGGCAAAACCAGGCCAUUCCCGAGUAUGCACUCCGCUGUCUGUGACAAAUAGGAAAUGUGGGAAUUAUUCUUCAGAUGUGUCGUCAUCUUCGGCCACCACGUCGCCGCGUCCACCGUUAAAAUUAGAUACACAGGUGAGGGGAAGCCCCAAAGCAUAUAUGUCAUCACCAGAGUUGAAUAGUGAUAAUUGUAGCGGAGAAUAUUUUGAACUACCAGCGAGACACGUUCGUGCUGAAGCUUUGCGACUGCCGAAAUACCUGCCCCAUUCCCCAAGAGAUAUGAUCUACAAUGUCAAGAAUUCGAUAGACUCAAAAGCAAUUGUUAAUGAUGCUAGUUCCAAAAGAUUAUCUGUAAACUAUUCGCCUCAAGAGAUGCUUCGCAGCUUGAAAACAUCGCUUAAUGAGAAAUCAAAAGUGCUGAAUAACGCAAAGAUGAGCGAAAAUGAUUUUGGGAAAUACGGUUUGAGUGAUAUGACGAGAGGUCAACAACAGCAACAACAACAACAACAACACCACCACCACCAGCAACAACAACCAGCAGAUAGUAAUAGGAAAUUGACUGCUAGUAACACCAACACCAGUAUUGGACUUUCACCCGGAAUUGAAUUGAACAAAAACUCAAUGGAUACAAAUACGGGGAUUCGAUAUGACCCAUCGUAUAAUAGCUCAUACUCGUCAUUUGAGUCAGGAGGACCAACAGAUAAUGACAAUAAGAAACAAGUACCUGCAAGACAUGGUAUUACUUUAGAUGUGACUGAUUAUGAUAAGGAAAGCAGUGCCAAUGAUGUAAGUAUUAUCGUGCCUGUUAAGUCACAAUUACCAGCAGAAUCACAAAGAUCGAAGUCGUAUAUACGACGCAAACCACCACCGUCUUUCUAUGAUGAAGAGUGUGCCGCAGAUGUGAGUUGUGGCGAUGAUGACUAUUAUUAUCUAGGUUCACAUGAGCUGACAUCGCCUGGUGCAGUAGAGCUAAUGCACCAAAUGACACUGCAUGGAAAAUCUGCUGAAACUUUCUCUAGUGGUGACAUUCCUGUACCGCCCUUAGACGAUGCCAUGUCUUUUACAGAUAACGAUGACUCUGUAAGUGAAACUAAAAGAGGAGAUUCGAAAUUUAUACAGUUUCCUGAUAUUCACAAACAUCACCACCAUUCAAAGAAAUUGUUUAGAAGUAGCAAUCAUCAAAGGAAUAAGGGUCUGCACCAUGUUGUUUUUCUGGAUCCCGAUAGCGAUGAAGAUAGUAAUAACACUAGAGAUAACAAUAACGAUGAUGAUGCAGACGUCGAAGAUACUUCCGAGAGCGGAAGUAGAAUAGUCAGUCCCUCAACUCUUUUAACAGGCGGGCCACAACCGGUUCAGUUUAGAACAACAAUGAGAAAGACGAAUAAAAGAAAAGAGAGAAAAUCAAAGUUCAACGAGUAUAAGCCAUGGAAAAGCCAUAACGACUUGAAUUAUUUAACGGAACAAGAGCGUAAAAGAUAUGAAGGAGUAUGGGUUAGCAAUAAAGGUAAUUACAUAAAUUUCAUAACAACAAAGCUACAUGGUGUCAAUUACUCAAUGUCUGAUUUUUCAAAGAGUAAUUUUGAUCACUUUGACGACUCCAUGAAAGCCGCACUUAUAUCGACAAAUACAAUUACUCCAGAAACAAAAGGAGAGUCGUCUCCAAGCCAGUCUGGUAAGGAUGAUGAUACGGCUGUAAUGGCCAAACCACCAUCAAAUAUAGAACCAAUAGAAUUAAACCAGCUUAUACUCAAUGCCGUGGUGAAACGAAUUUGGAAUAGGAGCAGAUUACCGGAAGAUACACUAGAGCAAAUAUGGAACUUGGUUGAUUUUAGAAGAGAUGGCACAUUGAACAAAGACGAAUUCCUUGUAGGGAUGUGGCUCGUUGAUCAGUGUCUUUAUGGAAGAAAAUUACCUAAAAAAGUUGAGCCUGUAGUAUGGGAAAGUCUUAAUGGAAUUGGCGUUAACAUCAACUUCAGAAGGAAGAAGUGA